CUGAAAGCAGUAAUAAUAGUAGUAUAUAAGUAUAAGUAGUAGUCAUAAGAAAAAAAAUCGAUUUAUAACAUUUAUAUUAGAAGGAAUCAAGCAAGCAAGCAAACAAGGAAGCAAAGAAACGAAAAAUACCAACAACAAAAAACAACAACAACAAAAACAACACUAGUUUACUUUACUGUGUGUGCAAAGGAGAGGGGAGGAAUUGGUUGGCAUUACGCCUAGAAAGGCAGACACUCAUUCAUUCAUGCUUUCAUUCAUUCAUUCAAUCAGUGGGAUAGCUUUAUUUAUUUACUUGUUUUAUAUUUUGCUUCUCCAACAAUCUUGAUUGUUAAUUUUUAUUAUAUGAAUUAUAAGAUAUAUUUUGGAGGAAUAAUGAGUAGUACAGGCUGUUUAUUUACUCAAUAAACAGACUAACAGUGUUGGUUAAUCAAGGAAUUAUUAUACCAUAGAAGGCAUAGAAGGCAUGAUAUGUUUCCUUAAACUGAUGCAGCAUAAUUAUCGUUUUAUUUCAUCGUUAAUAUUGAUUUCUUAUUCACUGCUGGAUUUAACUGUGCGGAACUACUCGUAAAACAGUCAUGUCAGCUGGAUAUACCCCGCCGUCUUCAAGUAAAUGGACAGGGAAUAGUAGUAGCAGUUUUUAUACAGGAGAGAAAAUCUCCUCGACCUCACCUAUGCCUAAUUGUAAUGCCUUAAUGAAUCAAGAAUCCUAUCUGAAUGCUUCAAAGAGUAAUAAUAGUCAACAGAAUCGUUCCCUAUCGCCUUAUCAACAAUCUCAUCUGAAUGAUACAUUAAAAUCCCCUUUGUUGUUAUAUCCUCCCCCUCCUCCUUCAGUUAGCUUACAAAUGCAGCCUAUUCGAAAUCAUCGUCCUCCUGUUGUUGAAACACAUUUUACGCAUGAAAGAUCCUCCCCACUGCCGAACUUUCAGAAGGUGAAUCCGUGUCUACGUAAAGAUCAAUAUAGGCCAGCGGUGAACUAUCCAAUAAAUCGAUACAAUCCUGUUCGGCUUCACAGACCCCCUGUAAAGAAUUUACCACAAUCUCAACAGUAUGUAAAUAGGUUAAAUAUUAGUCCGGAUUAUCACACUGGAUCAUAUAUGAAUCCACGUGUGUCAGUGAAUCCCACCCAGAGGUGUACACUACAUCCAAAAGGACGAUCACCAAAUUUAACACCUCCUAAAAGAACUCUAUCCCCUGAAAUAGCUCAUACUUAUAUUCUGCCAAAUAGUCCAGUCAAUUCGUUAAGAAGUACACCUCUACCAAAUAAAACGAAUCUACUCGAUAAUGAUAAUGAUGAUCCGGAUAUCUGGAAUAUCGGUUCAUCGACAGAAUUUAGUCAACCGGUAUAUUCAAUGAAUCCAAGCCAUCAAGGACACAAGUUUUCACUUUAUAAUGAAGGCCAUAGGUUAAUGGAUGCACCAAAAGAAUACACUGAUCAUCAGUCUAUCAAAUGCCAUCAAGAUUCAAAUGUUUCCAGUUCUGAAUGUGGCAGUUUAAUUAGUACCGAUGAUGAUGAGACGGUAUCUUUGAAUACAACAGACAGUGAACAGAAUAUGAAUCUUCUCAUGAAUAGACAUUCAAUUUCUUUACAGAGGAUUAAUAAUAGUAAAUCGGAAAUGCAUGGUUCAACACAAACUCUCGUGCCGAUGAGUAAAAUUCAAAGGAAUCGAUUUAAAAAUUCUCAUACUUCAUCGUGUAAAUCAGUUCACUGGAACGAGAGUCAGACAGAAUCAAAAAGAAAAAGUUCAUUGCACAAGAAUCGUACAAUAGAAGACAAUUUACUGCUUGAUAUCCAACCAAAUAAAGUACUCCAGUCACCAAAUCGGAUUCCUCAUACUUUCCCACCGUCUGUUUCGGAUCAACCGACCACAUUCUCAGAGACAGUUGGAGAUGAUCAUGGUGACAAAUGGACAGUGUACUAUCGAAAUCCAAAUAUCCCAGGUGUUCAGCUUGAUUUAGUGAACAAUGAUCAACUACAUUGCUCGAUUUGUCAAUGCCAGACGAUUCGACUUUAA